GGGAGGAGCAGGGCACAUGCCGGGGUGGGGGGUGGCUGGUUGGGUGCUGCUCGCCGCGGCUGCCCUUCUGCACUUUUUGGAGGAGCCGGGCCCCUACUGCCUGGGGGUACCCAGGAUGGAGAAAGACAUUGAGGCCCUGCGGGAGGAUUACAGGAAGAUGAACAAGUCUUGCUUCAUCCUCGGGGCCUCGGGAGAGACAGGGAAGGAGCUGCUGAAAGAGAUCGUCGCUAGCAAACUGUUCAGUAGGGUAACACUCAUUGGGCGCAGGAGACUGCCGUUGGAGGAGGAGCCCUAUAAAGAGGUGGCACAAGAAGUGGUGGACUUUGAGAAGUUGGAGGAAUUCUCUGCCGCUUUCCAAGGCCAUGAUGUCGGAUUCUGCUGUUUGGGGACGACCAAGGCCAAAGCUGGAGAGGCCGGAUUUAUCCGCGUGGAUCACGACUAUGUGCUGAAGUCGGCCGAGUUGGCCAAGGCUGGGGGCUGCACCCACUUCAACCUGGAAUCAUCCAAAGGGGCAGAUAAGAGCAGCAGCUUCCUGUACCUGAGGGUUAAGGGGCAAGUUGAGGCAGAUGUAGAGGAGCUGGGCUUUGAGCGCUACACGAUCUUCAGACCGGCGGUUCUUUUGUGUGACCGGCGGGAGUCUCGCCCCACAGAAUGGCUGGCCAAAAAAAUGCUGAGCCCCAUUUCCUACAUGUUCCCCACUGCCUACUCCGUGCCGAUGGCGACUCUGGUUAGAGCCAUGUUGCACAAUGCGGUGCUGCCGGGAGAUAAGAAGGUGGAGUUACUGGAAAACAAGGAGAUUCACGCCCUGGGGAAAGUGGGAGAAGCCAAGAAGUAACAGAUGUUGGUUUUACCGUAACGCGGUAUUGCCCACCCGUACCCCAUACGCCCCAUACAGGGGCCGCUGUAGGCUGCAUUUUUACAUUUUGCAAUUGGUUCAGCAGCUCUCCAGUUUGGAAUUUCAGAAGCUAUCUGGUUGCUAGGGCCCAAGUUAACCUGGCAACCAGGCAGUGGUUUGAAAGAGAGACUGGUAGAUGAAUAGGGGAGGGGCUGAAUAGAAAGAUAAGGAAUAAAAAGUACCAAUAACAAUAAAACUGGAGCCUCACAGAGAAAUAGGUUUUGGCUGCCGGGGUCAGUUAUGCUGUUGCUAGGGCUCAAAUUACCUUAGCAACCAGGGAGUGGUUUGAAUGAGAGACUGGUAUAUGAAUAGGGGAGGGACUGAAUAGAAAGAUAAGGAAUAAAAAGUACCAAUAACAAUAAAACUGGAGCCUCACAGAGAAAUAGGUUUUGGCUGCCGGGGUCAGUUAUGCUGUUGCUAGGGCUCAAAUUACCUUAGCAACCAGGGAGUGGUUUGAAUGAGAGACUGGUAUAUGAAUAGGGGAGAGACUGAAUAGAAAGAUAAGGAAUAAAAAGUACCAAUAAGAAUAAAACUGGAGCCUCACAGAGCAAUAGGGUUUGGCUGCCGGGGUCAGUGACCCCCAUUUGAAAGCUGGAAAGAUCUAAAGAGAAAGGCAAAUAAUUCAAAAACCUCAAAUAAUAAUUAAGACCAACUGAAAAGUUGCUAAUAAUAAAUAAAAUAGUAAAAGUUAAACUAAAGGAGAACCACCCCUUUAAAAGCCUAUGGCCUGUUCUAAGCAUAUUUUAAAAUUGGUCUUCAUUAUUUUUUAUAAUUUUUGAAUUAUUUGCCUACUGAAAUAACUUUCAAAUGGGGGUCACCGGCCCCCGGCAACCAAAAAAAUACUGUUGUUCUGUGCGGCUACAGUUUUCUAGUUAUUGUUACUGUUUAUAACUAAUUUUUCUAUUCAAGUCCUCUCCUAGUAAUAUACCAGAUUCUUGUUCAAUCCAUCCUGGUUACUUAGGUAACUUGGACCCUAGCAACCAGAUAGCUGCUGAAACUCCAAACUGGAGAGCUGCUAAACAAAAAGCUAAAUAAUUAAAAAAAGACGACAACUAAUAAAAAAAUGAAGACCAAUUGCAAACAGCCCCAGAAUAUUACUCUCUACAUCAUACUUAAAGUUAACUCAAAUGUAAGCAAUUCAUUUGCCUUCCUAUUGUGGUGUAAUCUUUAUAAAAGAAUUUGGUUAGGGGCGUGGCUUCGCAAGCAGGGCCCAUGGCUUGAUGUCAGAGGAGGCGUGUCUACCUGUAAAACCACAAAUCCCAGCAUUCCCUGUCAGCCUAGAACUUGGGAGCAACAGCAAUGAAAGGCACAAAUUAAAAUCACUAACGACUAAUUAUAAAGGGAAGUCAUUUCUAAAUGGCACAAGACAAAGAUUGGGAAAUAUAUACAAAUAUAUAUAUGUUUGCUGUACCUGAAUCCAAAGAUAUUUAAUAUGCUUUUUUUUUUUUUUAAAGAAACGUUCUGAAUUUUUAAUUUCUGUAAAAUAACUGUGGCCUUUUUUUAAAUUACUGCUAAUAAACGAUACGGUGCCUGAC